AUGAGGAGUCUUCCAGUCCUGCUACUGCUGUAUGUGGCACUUUGCUCAGCCUACCCACUGAAUGGAGCUUCAAGGGAUGCAGACAGCAGCAUGGACCUUCUUCAGCAAUACCUGGAGAAUUACUACAAUCUCACAAAAAAGGUGGAGAGUAUUUAUAGAAGAAAGGACAUUAGUCCUAUUGAUAACAAAAUCCGAGAAAUGCAGAAGUUCCUUGGCUUGGAGGUGACAGGCAAGCUGGACUCCAACACCCUGGAGAUGAUACGCAAGCCCAGGUGUGGCGUUCCUGACGUUGGUCACUUCACUACCUUCCCUGGCACUCCCAAGUGGAGCAAAACUCACCUCACUUACAGGAUUGUGAAUUACACACCGGAUUUGCCAAGAGAGGCAGUUGAUGCCGCCAUUGAGAAAGCGCUGGGAGUGUGGAAGGAGGUGACUCCACUCACGUUCUCCAGGAUGCAGGAGGGAGAGGCUGACAUCAUGAUCUCUUUUGCAGUUGGAGAACAUGGAGAUUUUAUCCCUUUCGAUGGCCCUGGAAAUGUUUUGGCUCAUGCCUAUGCACCUGGGCCGGGGAUUAAUGGAGAUGCUCAUUUUGAUGAUGAUGAACGAUGGACGAAGGAUACAGCAGGAACCAAUUUAUUCCUUGUUGCUGCUCAUGAGCUUGGUCACUCCCUGGGUCUGUUUCACUCAGCCAACCCCGAGGCACUGAUGUACCCAGUCUACAAAUCCUUUACAGACCUUGCCCAUUUUCGCCUUUCUCAGGAUGACGUGAAUGGCAUGCAGUCCCUCUAUGGACCUCCUCCUACCUCAUCUGAUAACUCUGUGGUGCCCAUGGAACCCCACCCUCCAGCAUCUAGAACACCAGCCAAGUGCGAUCCAACUUUGUCCUUCGAUGCUGUCAGCACGCUAAGGGGAGAAAUCCUAUUUUUUAAGGACAGGUAUUUUUGGCGCAAAUCCCUCAGGAUACUUGAACCUGAAUUUCAUUUGAUCUCUUCGUUCUGGCCAUCUCUUCCUUCAGGAGUGGAUGCUGCCUAUGAAGUCAUUAGCAGGGAUUUUGUUUUCAUUUUUAAAGGAAAUCAGUUCUGGGCCAUCAGAGGAAAUGAAGUACAGGCUGGUUACCCAAGAAGCAUCCAGACCCUGGGUUUCCCUUCAACCGUAAGGAAAAUAGAUGCCGUCAUGUCUGAUAAAGAAAGGAAGAAAACAUACUUCUUUGUGGAAGACAAAUACUGGAGGUUUGAUGAGAGGAGACAGUCACUGGAGCCAGGCUUCCCUAGGCUUAUAGCAGAAGACUUUCCAGGAGUUAACUCAAAGGUUGAUGCUGUUUUUGAAGCAUUUGGAUUUUUCUACUUCUUCAGUGGAUCUUCACAGUUGGAGUUUGACCCCAAUGCAAAGAAAGUGACACAUAUUCUGAAGAGCAACAGCUGGUUUUCUUGUUAG